AUGGAAAGACGAACAAGAAACUCAGGAAAUCUGGACGCUCUGCGUCGGCUUCUCUUCGGCUGUUCAGCCUCGGCCUCAACUUCAGCGUUUCCAAAUAAGCGCGACGAACAAGAGAGGAUCCUUUUCGUCACAGGAGCAGGCCUCAGUGUAGGUUGUGGGAUUCCGCUCUACCGCCGCGAGUCCGACGAAGAAUCUGGAAGACGUCGCUCCAGAAGGAGGACGGCGAGGAGCGGAAAACUCGGCCGAAGCAGAGGGACGAGCGUCAAGGACGCAGAAGGCAUGGAGGCCGACUUCUCGCGAGGCGAGGCGAGGAACGACGCGGUGUCUGCGCACUCGGAGACACCUCCCUGUGUGUGGAGGGGCGACGACGCGAGCGAAGAGAUGGCGAGGGGAAAGAAGAGAGACAGAGGAGGACAAGGAGACGAGCGUCUGAGAAAGACCGGAACAAAGAGGACGCGCGGCUCGGCGGCCGAGACCUGGGGACUGCUCUCCACCUUUCUCCAGGAAAGAGAACAGUGGUUCUCCGCGUUUUGGUUCCGCGCGCAUGACCCGCGGCUGUUUCGGCGCGCCUUCCCCUCGGCGGGGCACUUCGUCCUCGCCUUCCUUCUUCUCUCGCGUCCGGCGACUGUGCUCCUCUUCACCCAGAACGUGGACCGCAUGCAUCACGUUGCUCGCUCGAUUCUGCGAGACGCGCUGAAGACGCAAGUCGCGCAGAAGGCGCUCGAGCGCGAAACGCACCUCCAAACUGCGAACGGCGAGGCCGCCGCACAGAGGCAGGCGGCAGAGGAGAAGCAGAGGCAGAAAGAGGGAGACAGUGAGAAGGGGAAGCAGGAAGCGGGAGAGAGGGAGAAACGGAGGCAGGCAGAACAAGAGGAGACAGCGGAUGCGUCUCUGCGUCGUUCAAGAGUUCGCGAAGAGAUGUGGAGGGGACUUGCAGCUAAGGGCGGAUGGUGGCGAAUGAGUGAGACAUGCUCCGUCGACGGACAGCCGAAAGAAGGGGAAGAAGAAAAGAACCUUUACGAGCUCCACGGGUCGAUGUACAGCUACAGAUGCUCAGGGGUGCUUCCUUCGUCUCGUGUGCUCGCGUCGACCGCAGGCCACAAGGAACGAUUCGGUGUUGGAGUCGCGCGAGGAGGAGGGACAGAGAGAGAGAGGAGAGAAAACGAAAAGUGGACUGCGUCGUGCGCCUCCUCGCCGAACUCACAAGCGACAGAAAAACAACAGCGCAUGCUGGCACCACCAGAAGUGGAACGCGAAGGCGCACUCUGUCCCUUCCGCUUUCGGCUGUCUCUCGACGAGACGCAGGUCGUCUGGUGUCCAUACACCCCAGACGAGACGGGGCCGGGAAGCCGGAGGAAGGCCGCGUUCGGCGAGCGGUCUGGGGGAAGCGAAGAAGCGAGAAACACACGGGAGCAGACGCGUUCCAACGUAGAAGCCUGUGGAGGAGACAGUCUGCUGAGAGCCUCAGGAGAGCCAGGUGCUCCUGAUGCGGCGGUCGGGCCUGCCGGCCUCUCCCCUCAGUCGGGAGCGUCUGUUGUCGACGCUUCUCCCUUUCUUCCUUCUUCUUCUCUCUCAGUUUUGCCUGCUUUCUCGUCCCUCGCCGGCCGCGCGUCGCCUUCUUCGAAGGCGGGAGGAGACAGCGACUUCCUUCUCCUGCCGCUGUGUCCCGCAUGCUCUUCUCUCUGUCUCCCCAUGUGUCUGUGGUUUGACGAGUCUCUCUUUCUUCCGCCCCACAGUGCGUUCGAGAGUCCUGCAGCUCUUCGACAUGCCUUCCUCUUCCUCGGCGGCGUGAUACGACUCGCAGGCGGGGGCAACGAAAUGGAGCGGGGACUCGAAGAAGACGCGAACGACGCGGAGAAAACAAGAAAGGACAGUGCCGCCGCACGACUCAGAGACUCUUCUCGCUCGUCGCUCCCUUCGGCUGGAAAAGCGAAGCUGGAGAGCAACGUAGAGCUGCGCAACGCAACAGCUGGGCCGGACACAAAUCCCCGCGAGUCGAGCUAUGGGGAAAGCGAUGUCGAGGUAGCUUCGGAAGAAGGAAAGACGGCACCAGAGAAAACCUGCUCGUCUUCGAGAAAAACACAGCGCAAUCAAGACCUUGAGACACAAACUCGCGUUCCGGCGACCCACGUGUCUCCUGUCUCUUCUCCUGUCUCUUCUCCUGUCUCUUCUCCUGUCUCUCCUGCACUUUCUGUAGAUCCUCGAGACCGUCUCCCAUCGCUGGUCUUCGUCGGCACAUCCUUCAGCACCGCCUCCACCGACUGGCCUGCGCUGCUGCAUGCGCAUGCAGUGAAAGUGCGGCGUUUGUUCAGAAGCAAGAAACUCGGGAAGGAAGCUCAGCAGGGGGGAGAACGCGCUGGCGAGAGCUUCGAAGGAGGCACAGCGGGAGUUGGAGUCGACAGCGGAAAGCCGGGAGAUGAGGGGAGACCGGCUGGAAGCUCAGACACUCCGCGGACGCAGCAGCGACUGGGGAAACACAGAAGCGCAUGUGAGAAGAAGAAAGAAGACGACUGGAACGAGCCAGACGGCCAGGUCUUUUGCAUCAACAGCGGCAGCUGUCUGGACGCCUCGUACGAGGCGACGGAACGGCAGAAGAUGUUUCUCGAUUCUUGGUUCACAGAAUUGUUCGAAAACGCGGUUGGACGAAGAGACCGUGCAGGCGAGAGUCUGGCGCCCGGAGCAGAGCGACGCAGGGGAGAAGUCGAGAAGAGACUUCGCUCACGAGCAGAAGGAGGCGCACGGGGAAGCGAAUGUGGAGUGAAGAGGGAGCAAGAGGAGAGAGUUCACGAGAGAGGAAAGUCGGAGGAGCGAAUAGGCAGAAAAGAGAGUCGGGAACAAGAAGCGAGCAACUCGUAUGCUGCCUUGGAGACAACGGCGGAAGAAGAGACUUCUGCGGUGGACGCAAGACGUCAGUUGUCUUUGUCUGCUGAGGGCUGUUCUUUCUCUUGCACAGCAAGUGACGAGCAUGCAGGACCUGAGGAGUCUGAUGCAGCAGAGAAGGGAACAAGUACAGAGUCGAGUCAAACAGUCCGCCUGCACCAGUCGGCCAGGUUCGGUUCCCUGUCUCCCUCAUCGUUUGUCGUGUCUUCGUCCUCUUCCUCAUGUUCACGUUCUUCCUCUGCUUGCGCUGCUUCCGCUGCUUCUUCCUUUUCUUCUUCCACGUCACCCUGCUCGUCUUCGGUGUCUCUUUCUUCUCUCGCCUCGCGUCUCUUCCCCGGGCUUCCUGCAGAGUUUGCCGCGGCAGGGAGUGCCGCGCGAGGCAGUGUGUUGGAAAUUACUUCUCUGCCGCGCAUGCGUCGGAUUGUGGGAGACGCGAGUGAAGUUCUGCUCUCUCUCUGCCCCUGCGAGCUUCGACACUGGCUCUUGGAAGUCCGCGAAAAGUCCUUCGUGGAGUUCCUGAGACUCGUCGAGCAGACAGAGACUCUUUGA